AUGUUGAAAAACUUCCUGCCCUUCCGCAAACACCGGGCCCGCAGAGUCGAUUGCGAUCAUCCAAUAGCGACAUUGGAAUUUGGCCGGUACCGCCGUGCUCUCAGGUUGCCCAUUCUGUUGACGCUCGCGUUGACGAUGCUGUUGUUAGCCGGUGCGGCGGGCUGCACUCCCAACCUGGGCGCGUCGACGCGCGGUUGGGGAGCUAUUGCGGCGGACCUUGGGGUGGUUUACGCAACCACGCUUUCCGGCCAGGUAUUGGCUUUGGACGAUUUCGGCUCAGACGGGGUCAGCGUGCGGUGGUUGUCGACCGUUGGCGGAGAAGAAGGGUUUGGCGGGGCGUACGGGUCGCCUACGAUUGGCCGUUACUUGUACGUGUCCGCCAUUGACGGGCACAUUUACGCUUUGAAUCCUCCCGCGACUGCCGGCGCAGUGGAAACGGCAUGGCGCAACCCGCCGGUUGUUUCGGAGGAUGAUGUGGUGCCGCUGGUCGGCAGUGCGGCCCUGGACGAAGCGGGAGGGAUAAUAGCGGUUGGGUCCGAAGAUGGGGGUCUUUAUGCCUUCGAUGCGAUUACCGGGGCAGCGCUCUCCUGGUCGCCGUACCGAACCGAACGCGAAAUCUGGUCAACGCCGGUGCUCCAAAACGGGGUAGUCUAUUUUGGAUCCCAGGACGGAGCGGUUUACGCAGUGAGCCUGGCGACCGGCGAGUUGCUAUGGCAGUUUCAAACCGGUGGAGCAGUGGUGGCGAAAACCCCUGAUCCACGGGAAUUUGUUGAUCGUGGGCUCGUUCGACCGUCAGUUGUAUGCGCUCAGCCUGCAAAGCGGGGCGCUGGCAUGGCAGUUUGA